UCAGAGCAGUAGACAUUCUGUGCUUAGUCAGGAUACUGAGCAACAGAUUCGUAUGUAUUCACGUAUGUUGAAACAGAUCAAUAAAGAACUACAUGGGUAUAACGAGGAGCCCGGCAUGGGUGAAUAUUUAUGUAUAGGAGACUAUGUUUGCUUGUAUUGUGAAGAAACUGAAGGAUACGUCUAUAGCUCACAGUCAAGUUCCUCCAAUAAUGGCCUGUAUGUGUACACAGGACAGGAAAGGAACAGACCAAGGAAUGUACCAAACCAACAAGUGGUGGUAUUUCAAGUAUGCAUACAAAACAGAUACAAAUUGAACAAGAAAUACAGAAAGCUGUUAAACUCCCUUCAGACAGAUUCCACCGACUGUGUGACCAAGGGAAACAUUGCACAAACAAAGCUUGCUGCAGAGGCCGAGAACAAAGAUAAUGAAGCCGAGCAGAAAAGACAACAUGGGAAAAGGGUUAGAUACGGCGAGGUGUUUCAGCUCCGCCAUAUGUUUACAAAUAAGUUUGUACAAAUGAGCACUACACAGACUAGUCAGCAAGAUAAAAACAAUAUGAAGGUAUCUUUGCAUGAUUUUAACGCCAAAAAUGCUCAGUUCAGAAUAUUACCGAGAUAUAAAGUAAAAUCAGAGGGAGAAAUCGUCCAGUUAUUUGAUCAAAUAGUAUUUGAGAGUAUGAAGUCACCAGGGCACUAUUUCCACACCAGUGAAUCCUACCAGAUUGAUCACUUUACAUUUGGUUCAGAACUAAAUCUUGGUGUUGAGAGAUCGAGUUACACCCUGAUUGGUAGUUACAGAGAAAUUCCUGAGCAAGAACGAUUUGUUCGGGGAGGAUCAGUCCUAAGACUUUUCCACAAGGAACUUGAAGCUUAUCUUGUAGCAGAGGGACUGUUUGAUGAUUGUGUUACGGAAGAUGUUCACUUUAGAAUCCGGGUAAUUGAUCAACAUCGUCCAAAAUCUUUGUCGCCAUCGUCCUCUGGGAUCACUUACUGGCAAAUAGAAGCCGAGCAUAGUAUUCUGGAUGGUGAUAUUUUGAGAUGGGAACAACAGGUCAGACUACGACAUAUGCUUACAAGACAAUAUCUGUGUAUAGACUCCAAAUUAGAUGUUUCCCUUGUGCCAGAUCCCAGCGACCCAAGAACUGUUUUCAGACUACAUUCUGUAUUAAAGGAGCGAGAUGAAAUACAGUUUGAAAGUUACGCACGUAUAGAGCACAUGUUAACUGGGUGUUGGCUUCAUGCUUUAAAAGAUGAAGAUUACGAGCGUCAAAUAAGCACAGAAAGUGGAAAAGAAAAAUCCAUGUCCGGUUUACGAUGGGAUAGUGCUGCCGUUCGGAAGGUAUCUGCUUCAAGUGAGAGUAUGUAUGAUGAUGCCUACACUAUUCAGCAAGUGAUGACUGAGGAUACACAGAACUUCAACUACGUAGCAGGAAUAGUGCCAUUUCUGUUUAAUUUGAUUCAAGAUCUUGAGAACAAUCCCAAUUUGAAUGCAAAGAAAACACAUGGUAUCAUAACGGCACUCCGGGAAGUAAAGCUCUUUAUGGUGGUUGAUGGACUGCCGUAUAAGGACAGACAAAAGCUGAUGAGAAAUCUGAGAGUGAUAGAUUUACUAGUCAAUCUACUCCAAUGUCCUUUACGAGAGGGCGAUGAGGAAUCCCAUAUGAUCAGGAUAUUUAAAGAGGCCUAUGACGUACUACAUGCUUAUAUGAUCGGAAAGAGUCGAAAGAAUGCAUUAUACUUUGCAAAAUAUAUAGACUUCUUUCAAACACAAUUCACACAAAAGGGAGGUAUUGGUUUAAAUGUUGCACAGAUGAUAGUCGAACUGAUACGAGACAAACGAAAGAUUGUUGACAGGAUCACAGAAGGUCAGAUUGCAACAUUUAUCAAAUUGUUACGAGAAACAGAGAACUAUCGAUUUUUGGAUCUGUUACAAGUCCUGUGUGUAUGUGAUGGAGUUUCUAUACCAAACAAUCAGACAUACAUUGUAGAACAUUGGCUACGAGGUGAAGAGGGUAGUGUUUACCUAACGGACAGAGGACAAAAUAUCAACAAGAGGCCUAACAUUGUGUAUCUGGCCACAGAGAGAACCAUACAUUGGCUGCCUUUACAUGUGUUUGUUGAUCCUGAGAGUGCUGAAUUUAACGAGGACAAAUACCAGUUCUUGCUACAUCAGUUGGAACUGUUUAAAGCAUUAUGUUUUGGACGGAAUGAUCUCGCUGUUCAUGUUAUAACGCGAGAGCAUGGAUAUUUAACAUGGGAGGAUGCCUAUCUCUGUCUCACAUCAGAUCUUCUUCCAGACUGUAUUAGAGCAAAAUACUGUGAACUAAUAAUAGCAUUAUUUGUAGACGUAGGGAACAACUAUUCUGUAUUGGACCAUCCUAAUAUUUGUUUUAUUUAUGAAUAUGUUGGAUCAAAAGAUUCCGACAGGGAUCAAAGCUUUGUUGUUAAAGACCUUGUUACAAUAUUUCCUGUUUUGAGGGACUGGUUGGCAGAAUUUUUGAGACAAAAUAAUCAGAUGACUGCAUCAGACAUAGGACAUAAUCAACUUGUUGAACAGGUCUUGCGCCUUCUUCAACAUUUGGUAAAAUUUGGAUAUUACAACGACAUGGAUGAUGUGAAGCAGCUACUGACUCCAUUGUUAUCCUUACUAGACGGUGGUCAUGAUGUUCCCUUUCCAAAAGACAAGGCAAAAGGUUAUACAAAAGAAGGACAAAAAGCUGUAAACACAUAUAGAGCUUUAGGGCGGUUUGAAAAAAGUCAGGAGGCAGAGGCAGUUGUAAAUGCCAAGUACCAGGCAAUGGAAGUUUUGGAUUUUUUACUGACAUUCCAACGUAAUCUGCGUUUAAAGGCUUUUGUGACCAAAUUCAAACAUGGCGAGCAGAACUCAUUUUCUGAAAAAAAGCCAUUAAUUUUAGAACCUCUGAUGUAUGAAACCUACAAUCCACAUGAACAAGUGAAAAAAGCUCUUAGACACCAAAAGAAGGUCAUUAAAGAACUGAAGGAAAUGUUUAGCAAUUCAUCCAUAUUUGAAAUUGAUUCGACAACAUUAGUUGUAAUGGAUCUGUCCAAUUACAAAUAUGACAGGAUGGUAACAAAGUCUUUAGAUAUAUUGAACAAACUUUAUUCGUCACAAAUGGACAUGUUUCAGCUUGCAGCAAAGGCACAGAUAUUGCUGACUCAAGAUUCAGCUAGAGUUCAUCGUGAACUUCAGAGAAGCCUUCCUGUUUUACGUCGACUUGCAAAACAGAAGUUAAACGACCACCAAAUUCUCCUAAUGGGAGAAAUAUUAGAUGAACUAGCAGAAUUUUGUCACCUACCAAAGACGCCAGAGGAGCCUCAUUUCAUGAAUCAAAAUAUUCUCAUAAGUCAUGGUAUUCUUGCUAUAGUGAUAGAUAUUCUGUCUCAGGAAAUUGACACAAAAUUAGUGGAACAACAGUACCAAGGUAUGAAGAAAAUAUUUUCUAAAACAUUGUGGCUUAUGAAGCUUCUAGCCAGAGAAAACAAGGAAGUACAAGAAAAGUUGUUUCAGCAUCUGGAUACACUUCUCUCGGUUCAGAUUGUACCAUCGGAUUUAGCACUAGCACUUAAGGAGCUGUUUGUUGCUAACCAAAGUACAUGCCUGAAAGUGUCCUCAAAACAAAUACAAAAAAUUGUGCUCUUAGCAGCUGACUAUCAACAGGAGGCACCAGAAUUUUUAGAACUUUUAAAUGUACUUGUGAAAGUGGACGGACUUGACCUUACAAUAAAGAGAAAUCAAGCACUUGUUAUGAAAUAUAUAAUGCAAAACUAUAGAAAAGCUGCAUAUGUUCUUGACCAGCCGAGAGACAUGAGGGAACAAAUAUUGACAAACAAAAGGGAAAAAGGACAUUUAGCAUACUAUGUCCGAUUGGUGGAUCUUCUAGCGACAUGUGCAGAGGGAGAAAAUAAGUUUAUAGAAUCAUUGUGUCAAACGAUACUUCCAGUUCAGGAUUUAUUAUGGGUGAUGAAUCAUAUAUCAAUAGACAAUAAUUUGAAGAAACCUUUUGUGAAAUUUAUGAUAUGGGUGUAUAUGAAGCCAGUCGGAAAUCUCGUCGAAAGCGGAGGAGCAGAUCUUCAACAUGAUAAAGAUUUGUGGGACUUCAUUUCUGCUGUAGCAGGUUCAAUCAACCAGAUAUCUGAUACUAUGUCUCGACAUUCAGAACGAACCGUCAGUUUACUGAAAUCACCGCCAGACUUCAGUUUUGUAGCUGAUGAAGAUGACCCUAAAGAAAUUUUGCAUGGCAAUAUUUUCUUUAUAUUAGAUGCUGUGUUACCUUUUCUUGAGGUAUUUUAUUCAAUAUUUUAUUCACUUGACAAAGACCUAUACCCAACUGAACUGGAUCAUACAGAUACACUUGCUAGUGGAUUUGCGUCGCUUUGUGAGUCAAUAGGCUCUUUGUUGACAUCACCAGCACACAUGAAAUCACUUGUGGCAACCGUAACAAUAUUAAUAUCAUCAUCGACCGCUCCAAAAUCUGCUAAUAUUGGUGCUUUGGAUAAAUUUACACAACAAAUGCGAUUAGCAGAUACCAAGAGUGAUGUUCGCAAGGGAAAUAUGGAGUAUUACUGCACUGAGCUAGAAUUAAAUGCCAAAUUCCAUACAUUUGCCAAAAAUAACCGCAUUAUUCAUAGAGGGCACAAUACUGUACAAGCACAAAUGAAGUAUAAAUGUAAAAGAGAAUAUACAGAGAUUGGAACUAAUGAAGAGCUUCCUCUUGGAGAAGAAUUUCAAAGUUUAGUAAAAUGUUUUUGUGAACCACAUGAAAAAAAUAUUGCCAAAAAGUUCCAGAUGGCAAAAAAACUACUGCAGCAAUUAGAGAUUUCUUCAAGACAAAUCCUAACAUCGACACCAGCAACAGUAUCACAAGAGGAUCUUGACAUAAAAUGCUUACAAAUUCUCAGAACUUUUAUUCACCAAGAAGAAAGAAAACUUCGUGUUGAUUGGGAUCAAUAUGCUUCGGAUGCAGACAUUAAAAAGCAACUUGCAAAUAUCAAAGAAGUCCAAACAGCCAUAAAUUCCCAUGAUUUUGUUGGUAAGGUUCUACCACAUAUCGCUAGGCGAAGUGAUGCCAUUGUUAGAGAAGUCCUGGCAUUCUUGAGUUUGAUGUUGUUCAAUGCCAACCGAGACGUUCAGAAAUCUCUACUCGAAUAUUUUCUCUCAACACGUGAAGAGGUGUUUUUCAUGGCUGUUCGAGAUCGAAUGCAAAUAUCAACAAAUUCGAUUAAAGAAAAGAGGUCAUUACUUGCCCAGCAUCAAGCAAGGGUGAAAGAUAUCAUGUCAAAUCUUACGAGUUUUCAGACAAGUAUCUCUGCAGGAAAGAGAGCUUUACAAAUGAUACAGACUUACGAACUACGGUUGAAAAGAGAUAAAAUGCAGGGAUGGAGUGCGCUUAGUAGAGCAAAGGAGCCAUUACAACAGAAAAAGCGGAAGAAAUCUAAGAAGAAAAAGAAACCACCCGAAAAUAGAAAGCCACCAAAUCUUAUUCACUCCAAUGGUAUAUCACGUGAUAACAGCAAUGAAGCACUACUUAAAUCACCUGAUACACCUGUGGAAUAUUCUAAAGAUGUAGAAAUGGUCGAUGUAUCAUUAGAUGAUGAAAAGGCUGCAGUGGAACUAAUAAAUUCCAUGGAUGAUGGGGUAGGUGAUAUGUUGGAGUAUAAAGAUGACGGAUACAUAGAGUUGGUGCUUAAACUCCUUGCAAGAGUCUGUGAUGGACAAAACACAGAUCUACAGACAUAUAUGCGGGAACAACCAGACAAUGUUAAAUCCUUCAAUAUUGUCGGGGAAACUGCUCAGUUUUUGAAUGUUGUAUAUUCCACAGUAAAUAGUAAGACCAUAGCAUUAAUCAUACAGAUCUUUUCAACGCUGAAUGAGUUUUGUGCUGGGAACCAAGAAAACCGUGUGGUCGUGUAUGAUAGAAAAGUUGUUGAUUAUAUAAACUUUAUUCUCCGGGCUGGCGAUAUUGCUGACUGUCCACCUGAAAAGAUUCUUGAGUUAAGAGAAUCAAUUUCUUCAUUAAUAAUAUCGCUCAUUGAGGAGAAUGGACCAGGAAACUCACAAGUUGCUAAAGAGGUCAAGGAUACCAUAGAUAAAGAAGCAGUAUACAGAUGCAUGACAUCCUGUUACACACUACAUCAGACUGACAAACCUAAGUUAGAAGACAUCAGCAAAACUACUGAUGGAAGUUUUCUACAACCAGCAAAAUCAAUAGCUGCUUUAGGAGGAAGUCUGCUUCAAGGUGUUAUGAAAGGCAAAAAUACAGUGAAGGACACUUUGAUGGACGUUGGAUUUUCUUAUUAUCUUAUUCUUGCCAGAAUGAAUGACAUUGAUCCUCAUCUCUCAUCACAUUUAAAAAUUACUCCAGAACAACAGAAGGCUUUUGAUUUCUACAAAAAGAAUUCUUCAUCUAUAGAAAUAGUGAAAGACGAUGUAUUACAAAAAGUUAACUUCAGAGUGAAAAACAAAAAUUAUCUGCGUGACCAAGUAAAAGAAAAGAUAAAAUGGACGGUUGACCGAUCCUCACCAAGCAACAAGAUCCGUGAUAUCAUAAGAUGGACAAAAGAUAUUAUGCAGGACAUAAGUUAUCAAAGGAAAAUUCUACAUAAUCCUAUUGCUAUGAUGUUUACAAAAGGAUGGUUGUUGUGGAACUAUGGAGCUAUAUUUCUUAGUUUUGCGAUCAAUUUACUAAUGUUAAUAACAUGGAAUGCGCAAGCCUCAUUGGAAGACGUAACAAAAACUGCUGCACUGAUCAAUGGUACAAAUGUAUCAACUAUACCAUGGAAUUUAAUAGCAGACCCAAAGCCUAGAAUUGAGCAUAUGAGUGAACACAACUUCUCUUUGACAAUGUACGUACUAGGAGGUGUCCAUAAUCUGUUUUCUCUGAUGGUGUUAGUUAGUUAUUUCCUGUCCAAUCACCCAAGAUUUCCAAGUGGAGAGGAAAUAAAGACUUCAUUCAGAGCAUUAUGCGGUAAAAAAGCAAACAAAGAUGACAUCAAAGACAAGAAACAAGAAGAAGGUUCACGAUUAGAUGCAAAGUUCUUCAGUUUUCUUACUUUUUAUUAUAUGGUAUUCCUAGGUAUGUCCGUUCUAGGAACAUAUUUCCAUGGUUAUUUCUUCGCAUUUCAUCUCUUAAACAUUGUCAACAAUAAUCAGCUUUUGAGUGGUGUAAUAAAAGCUGUCACAUUAAAUGGUAUUUCCUUAUUAUGGGUUGCCAUUUUAGGACUUAUUGUGAUAUACAUUUAUGCCCUUGUUGGGUUUUCGUUACUUCGUAUGUUCUUCAAUCCUGGUGAAUAUUUAUACUGUUCUACACUAUGGCAGUGUACUAUUACUGUCAUGCGGUAUGGACUAAUCGGAGAUAUGUUUGAGUCUGUUAAACAGACCAACAAUAAUGGAUAUGAGACCUUUGAUUCUUUCUGGCCAUUAGUCCUGUACCAUGUUUCGUUCUUCAUCUUCAUUACAACCAUUGGUCUGAACAUCAUCUUUGGUAUUAUAGUGGACACGUUCUCGGAGCUCAGAGACCUUAAGUGGCGAGCAGAAUCAGAUAUGAAGGACACUUGUUUUAUAUGCAGUAGAAACAGUUACGAUUUUGAACAUAACGGCAAGGGUUUUGAGCAUCAUGUUCGUAACGAACACAACAUGUGGUCAUACGUCUUCUUCAUAAUUCAUCUAGAUAGUGUCAAAACUUCUGAUUAUACAGCAUUAGAACUUUAUGUAUCAAAAUCGGUUGGAACUGAAAAUUACGAGUUCUUCCCAAUGAAUAGAGCACUGUGUCUAUCAUCAAUAGACAUUGAUUCGACUGAAUCCAAAAUAGAUGACCUUCUGUCACGUGUCACAUCAAUUGCAAUGAAACAAAAAGAAGAGGAAACAGAGAAAAAGCGAAAAAUAGAGAAAAUGAAACAGAAACGUUGGCAGGAGAAGCACAGACAGUUUAUGUUCGGCUUAUCGCCAGAUGAUAAUGAUCGAGGUGAAGGGAAUGGGGAUCCGGAAAAUGAUACGUUUCUUGGUCCACAACUGCGAAUCAGUGACCGACCUUUGUCUAGACCACCAAGUAUUCUCAGCUUACAAUCACGACGUCGUACAGACACUCCUGGGGGCACUUCCUCUCGUAAAGAUGACAUAGAUCGUCGUGAGUCGGAACUUGGUCUGUCACAAUUCUUAACAUCAAAACUGUUAAAAGAAAAGAAGGCGGCAGCAGCUAGAGAGGAUGACACGCCCUCCGUUUCUGAUUCAGAUGCAGGGAGUGUUGAAGGAUCAUACGAUAUCAUGGCACGCGAAACAUCUCCACCGGGUUCACAAUCUUUUGACUUCCUUGCUCAACCGCCACCUGUGCGGGAUAGAGCUUUCUCUGUACCCGUCAUUGUAACUCCAGCUCGAUUGUUAGCUGAGGCAUCCAGAGACGACAUAGACGAGGAAGAUGAAGAAGACAAAGAAGAAUAUUCGACCAGAUUAUAAAAUUUUAAGUCAGGAAUUAUGUUUCAUUUACAGUCAGUAUAUACAGAAUUUUCGUUUUGAAGGACACAAGACGUAUGCGGUUAUAAGCAAAUUAUAUUUUGCUUAAUUAAACAGCGCUGUCCGGUUUUUGCUACGCUGUACGUAAAAUCGAAUGAUUCUGUGAGCGAGCGAGCGAUCAAAUUCUCUACAAGCGAUUUUCACCAAAGUUUGAAUGUUAAAAUUGCAGGAUUUAAGAAUGUAUCCCAUAUGGGUAAUACAUUCGUUUUACAACUAUAGAGGAAAUGACGGUGGUGUAUGGAAGGCUAAGGUAUAUGUGAGAUGACCAAAUUCUUGUACUAAUUUUAAAAAAUGAUUACAGGUCUAAUGAUCAAUAAAAUUGUAUUACUUGCAUAUAAAUAACGCUCUACAUUUCAUGAUGAAAUGGAAAACAAGUAUGAUGAAUAUACUGGGAACCGCUUCAGGAAAAAUAUCAUUUUUUUUUACAUAGUUUUAUAUAAUAUGCAUUAAAAGUAGUGCCAUUUCAUUUAUAACAUUACUACUACUACAAUGACC